UUCCACAUCUCUAGGUGGGCGGAGUGGCCUCCUGUGGACGAAUCAGAUUCCUCCCCUGCACCAACUUCAAGUAAUGAGCCAGGGUUCAGGGUCCCAGACACGCAGGCGGCAGCAGCAGCAGCAGCAGCAGCAGCAGCAGCAGCAGGAGCUGUGGGGAAGACCAGAGUCCAGAGCCAUGGAAGACCAGCGCGACCUUAUCUCCAACCAUGAGCAAGUGCCCAUGCUGGGCCAGCGCCCUAGAGCCACGGAGAGCAACUGCAGCCGUGGAGCACUGUACACAGGCUUUUCCGUCCUGGUGGCUCUGCUCCUGGCUGGCCAGGCCACCACUGCCUACUUUCUGUACCAGCAGCAGGGCCGUCUGGACAAGCUGACGGUCACUUCACAGAACCUGCAGCUGGAGAACCUGCGCAUGAAGCUUCCGAAGCCUUCCAUGCCUGUGAGCAAGAUGAGGAUGGCUGCCCCCCUGAUGAUGCAGGCCCUGCCCAUGGAAGGCCUGUCCCAAGGGCCCACACAGAAUGCCACCAAGUACGGAAAUAUGACACAGGAUCACGUGAUGCACCUGCUCCUGAAGGCCGACCCCCUGAAGGUGUACCCACAGCUGAAGGGGACCUUCCUAGAGAACCUGAAACACCUUAAGAGCACCAUGGAGAACCCGGACUGGAAGGUCUUUGAGAGCUGGAUGCAUUACUGGCUCUUGUUCGAAAUGAGCAAGAACUCCCAGGAGAAAACGCCCACUGAGGCUCCAACAAAAGUACUAACCAAGUGCCAGGAAGAGGUCAGCCACAUCCCCGCCGUCCACCCGGGCAUGUUCAGUCCCAAGUGCGACGAGGAUGGCAACUAUAUGCCGCUGCAGUGCUAUGGGAGCAUUGGCUACUGCUGGUGCGUCUUCCCCAACGGCACCGAGGUCCCCCACACCAGGAGCCGCGGGCGCCAUAACUGCAGUGAGCCACUGGAAAUGGAGGACCCGUCUUCUGGGCUGGGUGUGACCAAGCCGGAACAGGGCCAAGUCAUCAUGUGAGGACAGCGGAGGCAGUCUCCAGCACUCAGCCAGCCCACAUGGCCACAGCUUUCUUGCUCCCCUCUGCCCCAGUCCCAGCCCUCCCCCUCCCCUUGCAACCCCCCACCCGCUCCCACCCCAUACCUCAUUCCAUGAGACCCUGGUGCCUGUUUCUCCAUCUUCCUUGGAUGUGACAAGUCGAGUCUGAACAGCACAGAUAAUAAUGCAGGAAGUCCCUGCUGCCCACCCCCCAUCUGUCAACAGGGACUUGAGGCCUAAAAAGGUGGGCCAAAAGCUAAGCAGACCUGUUUCUGACAUCACAGCAGCCUCCAACGUGGGCUUCCAAGAUCUAAGCCCAUGGACAAAGUGCGAAGGCACAGGGAGAUGGGACAAACCUGCCCCUAAACCACAGGCUGACACAUUUGCUGUCCUCUCCCCUGAUGGCCUUUGGCCUCAGCUUUUUCAGCCCAUUUACCUGGGGGAAGAGCCACUCUCUUCCCUUCCCCAGCAUCACUCCCCAGGAAGAACCCAGCCUCUCCCCACUUCCUGCCAGCUCCCGUUCCCUGUGCUUGGCCAAGCUUGUCAUCAGCCCUCAUGGCUUGGCUCAUGUAAGAAUAAAGGGUAGUGAGUAGAACACUCUGGCUCUUCUGCUGGGAUCCAGUUUGUUUAACUGAAGACCUUAAACCCAGUCAUCCAGGUGGCAAAACGUGGCCCAAGGAGCCCAAAGACGGAUGCCUGUGGGGCCAGGCAGGGCCAAGGGGGCUGUAGUCUUUGGACAGAGACACAUUUGGUUGCAUGUUUAACACAUAUAAACUCUUCCAAAAAGAAA